AUGUCAACAGGUUCCAGAUAUGAAAGGAAACACACUGCUCUGGACAGAAACAGGUUCACUCCUCUGCCAGGUAGCCCACCAGUGUAUCUGCUGAAUAUGAAAUCAGCAGCAGGUCAAUUCAACAGGAAGGAAUUUGGAGAAGCAUCAUGUAGAAAUCUUUCAAAAAAAACCAUCAUGCUUGUUGGUGCCACUGGAUCUGGCAAAACAACCAUCAUCAAUGGCAUGAUCAACUACAUACUGGGAGUUGACUGGGAGGACAACUGGAGAUUUAAACUGAUUGAUGAAGAGACCAAUGAAUGGCAAGCACACAGUCAGACCUCAGAGGUGACAGCCUAUCAGAUUCACCACACAGAGGAAUUCAAAAUUCCACAUGCGAUCACAAUCAUUGAUACCCCCGGAUUUGGGAACACCAGAGGAAUCAAACAAGACAAAGAGAUCACAGAGAGGAUUAAACAGUUUUUUGCAAACAGGAAUGGCAUUGAUGCAAUUGAUGCAGUGUGCUUUGUGGUGCCUGCUUCUUUAGCUCGUUUGACACUGAGGUACAGCUUUGAGGCAAUCCUGUCCGUGUUUGGGAAGAACAUCGCCAGCAACAUCAUCACUCUGGUCACCUUUGCUGAUGGCAAAAGUCCUCCCGUACUGGAAGCCAUCAAAGAGGCCAACUUUCCAUGUGCCACACGGGGAGAUGGGACACCUGUCCACUUCAAAUUUAACAACUCUGUCCUUUUCGCCGACAACACGAGAGGCAUUGGUGAUGAGGGAGACUUUGAUUUCAUGUUCUGGAAAAUGGGGAUGGCCAGCAUGAAGAAAUUCUUCACUCAGCUAGGGAAGAUGGAAACCCAGAGUCUGACCCUGACAAAGGAGGUUCUCCAAGAGCGCAGACAGCUGGAGGCAACUGUUGAGGGAAUGCAGCCACUCAUCAGAAAGGGUUUGUCAAUCAUGGAGGAAAUAAGAGCCGCACAAGCUGUACUGGAAAACUACAAGAGCCAAAUUGAAGCAAAUAAGGACUUUGAAUAUGAAGUAGAGGUUGAGAAAUCUUACAGGAUUGACAUUCCAAGAGGAACUUUUGUCACCAACUGCCAUGUAUGCAACUACACCUGUCACUACCCCUGCUAUAUACCGAACGAUGGCGAUUUACGGCAAUGUCCUGCAAUGAGAAAUGGAAACUGCACAGUGUGUCCUGGAAGAUGUGUAUGGAGUGUUCAUCACAUCAUGACCUACAGAUGGGAGUUUAAACGUGUGAGAGAGAAGAGAACAUAUCGAGAGUUGAGGAGUAAAUAUGAGAAAGCAAUCGGACAGAAGAUGAACCAAGAGCAAAUUAUGACAAAGCUGGAAAAGGAAUAUCACCAAGCGCAGGCCAAGGUUUUAGAAAUCUUGGAAACUGUAAGUAAAUGCCUGACAUGUCUGAAAGAGAUUGUCCUUCGUCCAGAUCCUUUGUCUACUCCAGACUACAUUGACCUGAUGAUAGAGUCUGAGAAACAGGAGGCCAAGCCUGGAUAUGUGGAACGCAUCCAAGAGUUACUGGAAGUCAGAGAAGGAGCUGUCAUCUUGCAGAAAAUGGCAGAGAAAGUCAGGCUCAGUGAGAAAGAGACAUUAGCAUUCCAAAGGAUGAAAUCAAACACCAAAGCAGCAUUCAAUGACUUUUUGAAAUAUUCUAAAUGA